AUGUCAGUUGCAAUCAAAAGACAAAAUGUCAAAUCCUCCAUCACACUCGCUAUCACACCGCCCAGGUUCUCCCUCAAUCCCAGCCUGUCACCAACAAUCACCCUGACAGCAAUGUCACACUACUAUGAACCCAUCACACUCUUUACUCAACCUACAAUAUUUAACCUCGGUCUCAGCCAGCGUCGCAACGACUUCAUCUGCCACGACAUCACCACAGCAGACACUAAACCGCUAUGCAUAGAUAUCACCAAAGGCGGCAAGCGCCCAGGCUUCAAUCGCGGAUUGGGUGGGUCCGACGAUCGCUUUUUCGUCACAUGCGACCCCGAGACACCCACAGAGUUCCAGGAAGGGUUUCGCUUGGCUAAUAGAUCGGUAGAUCAAAAUACCCUCGAAGUCGGGCAUCGAUAUUGGUUUGAGAUAAAGGAGGGUCAGGUAGUGUCCUGGUGGCGGGCUGGAAGGAAAGCGGAGGUGAUGGCGACCCCAGGUGAACGAGCUUCGCUGGGAGAGGCAAACAGGGGGCCUAUCACUCUACAAGUAGAAGGGGUGGAGUUUGAGGUUCUGUAA